CGUGAAUCAAUAAUCAUUGCUUGAGACCCAAUAUCAAAAACUCUUAUUUUUUUUAAAAAAAUAAUAAAUAAAUAACUAAAAAACUGAUCGGUGCACCUCAGCGAAGGGAUAAAUAAGAGAGAGUAUUCGCCUGCCACCGUGUGAUCAGUUUGUGCUUUGUCGUUAAAGGCCAUCAAAAACAAAAGGAAGAAGAAAAAGUCAUUUGUGUUUUCGAUCAAAUCAUGGCAAAGAAGGCGGUGCUGAUAGGAUGCAACUACCCAGGAACGAAGGCGGAGCUCAAGGGUUGCAUUAACGAUGUCAAGAAGGCUUACCAGUGCCUCGUAGACCGUUACGGAUUCUCCGAAGACGACAUCACGGUGCUGAUCGACACCGAUGAUUCUUACACCCAGCCCACGGGCAAGAACAUCCGCAGGGCUCUUGUGGAUCUGCUGCGAUCCGCUGAGCCGGGGGACUUUCUCUUUGUGCACUACAGCGGCCACGGCACUCGUCUCCCCGCCGAGACCGGUGAAGAUGAUGACACUGGAUAUGAUGAGUGCAUUGUUCCCGCUGAUAUGAAUCUCAUCACUGAUGAUGAUUUCAGGGAGUUUGUCGACCGUGUCCCAGAAGGUUGCCGGAUCACCAUUGUAUCCGAUUCGUGUCACAGCGGCGGCCUCAUUGAUGAGAGCAAGGAGCAGAUUGGGGAGAGUACAAAGCGUGAAGAAGACAGCUCAGGCUCCUCCGGCUUUGGAUUUAAAAGCUUUUUGAAACAGACGGUGGGAGAUGCUUUGGAGUCUCGUGGAAUUCAAAUCCCACAUCACCGUCGUCACCGGGGAGAAGAUGAUGAGGAUGCUAACAGAGAUGUUGAA